UGUGGUGCAGAAUGAUUGGAACACUAAAACACUUCUAACUGAUGGCCUUCAAACUGUCAUGAAAGUUGUUAUAAUUAUGUUUUCCUGCAAUGUCAUGCAUAAUCUAGUUAAUUAUGUCAGAUUCUUAAUUCAUCAAAAAUAGUUGUUUUGUUGAAUUCCCUUUUGGUGAACAGACAUUGUCGUUACUCAUGCUUAAUGAAUGGUGAUAUCACUGUAGACAUUUGUUGCAAUUUAACCAUAGAGUCUGGAAGUAGAAGCACGAAGUGCGCAUGUGCUUUUCAUUGACUAUAAGAUGGACUGAAGUGUCUUAGAACUUUGGUUGGAAGUAUCAUCAUUCUUUAGAUCACAUUCCACUAACUGGAAGAUGGUGUUUUAUCGUGGUGUAAAACGUUCAAUUGAGAUCAUAUACAAGAGUUUAAAUAGUUCUAUAUGUAGUGGUCAUGGCUACUCUACUUUGACACGUUACGGAAAUUCCAUUGCUGAGUCUAGAGGCUAUUUUCACAAAUAUGGGAAUGGGCCUAGAACAUUUGCAAUCUCUAUUAGGAGAUAUUCAGCCGAGAUUUCCUCGUCAGAGCAGAUGAACUUAAUAAAGAAGCUGAGAGAAAGAACAAGUGCUCCCAUCAAAGAAGUCAAAGCUGCUCUUGUCACUAGCAAUUGGGAUAUUGAGGCUGCUCAGAAAGACCUAAGAAAAAGAGGGAUCGUUCUUGCAUCGAAGAAGUCGUCUCGAACUGCUGCUGAAGGGUUGCUUGCCUUGGCACAGAAUGAAAGGAAGGCAGCUGUGAUUGAACUUAACUGUGAAACAGACUUUGUUGCAAGGAAUGAAAUUUUUCAAUACUUGGCCUUAUCUUUGGCGAAAUUGGCAUUGCUGCUUGAGGGCUCACAACAGUCUUUUGCUGCUUUUCCUAUUGAACAUCUGGAGGUGUUGAAGCUGAACCUUGACCAUCCUAAAUUGAGUGGAGAAAAAAGUGUACAAAAUGCAAUAACUGAAGUAGCUGCAAUGAUGGGGGAGAAUGUCAAACUAAGAAGGGGUUUUGCAAUGCCCGCUCCAUCGCUUGGUGUGAUAUCAACGUAUCUACAUACAACCCCUCAACCAGGUGUUGGACGUAUUGCUGGGAUUUUAUCACUUGAAGUAGAAGAUCAGAAUGUCUCAAAAGAUGCACUUCAGCGUGUUGGAUCAGAAUUAGCAAUGCAUGUAGUUGCUGCUAAGCCAUUGUUCUUUACAAAAGAAGAUGUUUCGUCUGAUGUACUAACCAAUGAACGCGAGAUUCUCAAAUCUCAGGCAGAGAGUUCCGGGAAGCCUCAGGUUGCCAUAGAAAAAAUGGUUGAAGGUCUUUUACGCAAAUAUUUUGAGGAAGUAGUUUUAAUGGAGCAGAAAUUUAUUGUGAAUGACUCAAUGACUGUGAAGACGUUGUUAAGCAAUCUAUCCAAGGAUGUCGGUUCGCCAGUUAAGAUAGGAAGCUUUCUAAGAAUUGAAGUUGGCGAAGGACUUCAGAGGCUUGAAGCAUCAAAUGAAAAUGAACCUUUGGCUAAUGCUGCUUAACAUGAACAACUUAUGUUAUGAUCGCGAGAGAACUACCUAAGAUACUGUACUUUGGGCCUCUACUUUCCAGUUUUAGGUCUUAUGAUUAUAGUCUUCAUGGUGGCACUGCUGAAUGGAGUCCAUCCGCAAGCUAAACUUGAAGAGGUUUUGUAUUAAUUUUGAAUUUUCAUAAUCAGUAGUGUAAAAGAAUAAGGUCUUCAUUGCUCCAGCAAUUUGGUCUAGUGGUAAGAGAGCAAUGCAUGAUGAUGGAUUAGGUGCACAUCGUGGGUCCUAACCCAUCACUGACAAAAGCCUGAUACUUAAGUAGAGAAGAGUAGGGAGAGGGGCAGACCCAUUAUCCACCGAGUUCCGAACCACGCGCUGCUAGCCAUUAUGGAUUUUUCGUUCAUCAAAAAGAGAAAAAGAAUAAGGUCUUCAUUCUGUUAAUCUGUUCGUUUGGGUCAGACAGAUUAUUCUUCCUUGAUUGUUGAGUUAUAUGCCAAAUGAUUUUUUUGUCUGUAUCGUUCAGCGUCUGUUUUUUUUUUCCCUCUUUGGUGGAAAUACCUGUCAGAUUUGGACCCAACUGAAAGAAGGGCAUGAUAGUAGACUGAUAAUUAAGAGGCUUGCACGAGUAUGAUAUUUACAUAUCUGACUAUUUGUAAUGAAGGUUAAGUCCCUUUGUGU